GUAUCUUCUUAAACAUAAAAUGAAAUCUCUCAGGGGUAUUCACUAACCGCCUGAAGCUAUUUGGGGGGGGUUGAUCUAUUGCCACCAGAUUUCUCCCUCCUCUCUCCUCAAAUGGAUCAGGAUGUGGACUUGUUGCUGACUCUUAAGCAGCCCUUUGACCGCCCCUUCCAUUAAACUCCUAGUUGCUGUAAGAGCGCUUUCCUCCUUGCGAGGGAAAGGCUACCAGCUUCCUUCAAGGCUGCUGUCUUAAUGAUGCACCGUAAAAGUUCCUUGCUCUUCCAACUGGAUGAUCCUUUCUCCCUUCUGCUGCUAGGCAACCCAGUGUGUUGCUUCUUGACUUGUUUAGCCUUAGAGCUUUCAAAACUUUGGGGGGAGGAUUUAACCAGACUCUUCCCAAGGUGUGGUUGUAAAGUGUCUUGUGUGCGUUGAAACCAGUAUAAGGUUGUGAUAAUUAAAAUGAAGUUUUGUAUGGUUAUGAAGAAAGUCCUUAGAUACUGUAUGACAUCUUUGUAUCAGCAUCUUAUGUAAAUGGCUCUAACAUAAAUUGUGAAGGGAUUACUGUUUCCGUUCUGUUGCCUUCAGUCUUAGUUCACUUGCUCAUGGAUAUCACAUACUUUGAAUUCACAUGGAUUCUCUUGGUGUAAAGGCUGGGCAACCAAAACUGUUGGCUUUUCAGAAAACUGUCAAAUGCUUUAACAUCAAACUGUUGCAAUGCAAGGUAUCUUUUUGACUGUUCUUCACAAAGUAUGACUUAAGAUUGAGCUGUUCUUAACUUACGCUGUCCAUACUGGUUUGUGUAAUCCUUACUCUGUUUUGCUCAAGGAACCAGUAGACAUUUAGCUCAGUUUCUUAAAUGUGUGCGUAAACUAUAAAUAUUAGCGUUACAAAGUAAGCUGUAAUGCAGUUGUGUUUUUAACUUUGAAUUAAGUUAAUAUAGUUCUCACUGAAGUAAUUAAUGUUAUGCAUUUCAACAAAUAAUUUCAUAACAGAAUAAAUGCUAGUUAUCUGUAAGUAAUUGUAUUUGCGUAAUGUCGUACCUGAUGAUGGUUAUACCUUAAGCAAUUAUGUAUUUUGGCAUUCGAUAGGUAAAAUGAUUCUAGUUCUCGUGUAGUUUCCAGAUGUAUGGAAGUUGAUGCAAGGCAUUUUAAAAAGAAAGCACCCUGUAUUUCCAGGAGUACUCUGCAAACUUGUGUAUUUCUUUCUUUUUCUUGAUAAGACCACUUCCAUGUGUUUGUUGGAGACCUCAGCCCAGAAAUUACAACAGAAGAUAUAAAAGCAGCUUUUGCACCAUUUGGAAGAAUAUCCUGCCCAAGUCCAAAAAGGGGGUAACGAAUUGACCUGAGAAAAUUAAAGAAUUCAGUUAACAGGCGACGGAUGCUCGAGUUGUUAAGGACAUGGCAACAGGAAAAUCUAAAGGAUAUGGCUUUGUUUCUUUCUUCAAUAAAUGGGAUGCAGAAAAUGCAAUACAGCAGAUGGGAGGUCAGUGGCUUGGUGGAAGACAAAUCAGGACUAACUGGGCAACCCGCAAACCUCCAGCUCCAAAGAGUACCUAUGAGUCAAAUGCCAAACAGCUCUCCUAUGAUGAUGUCGUAAAUCAGUCCAGUCCAAGCAACUGCACUGUGUACUGCGGUGGUGUUACUUCAGGGCUAACAGAACAGCUCAUGCGCCAGACAUUUUCUCCAUUUGGACAAAUAAUGGAAAUUCGGGUCUUCCCAGAUAAAGGAUACUCCUUUGUGCGGUUCAAUUCUCAUGAAAGUGCUGCACAUGCGAUCGUUUCGGUCAACGGCACAACUAUAGAAGGACAUGUUGUGAAGUGUUACUGGGGCAAAGAAACACCAGAUAUGAUCAGUCCAAUCCAACAGCAGAAUCAAGUGGGAUAUCCGCCACCUUACGGACAGUGGGGCCAGUGGUAUGGAAAUGCCCAACAGAUCGGCCAGUACAUGCCUAAUGGCUGGCAAGUGCCAGCAUAUGGAAUGUAUGGACAGCCAUGGAAUCAGGGAUUUAACCAGACGCAAUCUUCUGCAGCAUGGAUGGGUGCCAAUUACGGCGUCCCUCCACCUCCGCCGCCCCCGCCGCCCCCUCCCCAGGGGCAGAACGGAAGUGUUUUAACUAGUCAAACUGGAUAUCGGAUGGCAGGCUUUGAAACGCAGUGAGGAAGAGGAAGAGAAGGACUCUGGAACAGAACAACAACGGUGGCUUUGAGGCUAUUUGGAGCAUUGUAAAUCCUUUGUUUACUUAAAAAAAUCUAUCCAAUCAAGUCAGUGCAAAAGUCAAACAGUAUUUAUUUUUAAUCAUGAAACUUUGUUGACCACAUUUUUUUUUUAAACACACAGUAAAAUACUAGAUGCUGGAUAUCUGCCAACUUUUGCCUUCUUUUCCUCUUUUUGAAAUGUGUUUCUUAAGAUCCUUGUUUGAAACACAACUAAUGCAGGGAUUUCUGCCACGUUUAGAUUGGGGCAGAAAAUUGCACAAUAUCAAAACUUUUUUUUUCCACGGAAGUAGUGUGCAGUUCUAGUUUGCAUUCCUAGUAUGACUUAAAAUGUAUAUGAAAGAAGUUGUACAAAAGAGAAAAAAAAACCUACACGCCAAAACUGUGUGAAUUCUGAAGGUUUGUUGCAAUCUUCAGCUUGUGCACAAUUCUGUUUUAAAGAGAGCCUAUUGUAUAAAGUGUCCAUCUCCUCACUUUUGUUAUACUGGGGUUUCAAAUAUAACUUAUUGGUUUACAUUAUUUUGUAUCUAGACAUUUUUCAAAAAGUGGUUUUUGCCUUACUGUCAGCUGUUAAAUUAUUAAAAUAGGAGUGGCAGAGGGAAAGUUGUAAUUGACACAAGUUGUAGUUGUACAGAGCUCUCAGUUGGAUCCAACUCUUUCGUGUUGUUGCUUUUGUUAAAUGUGGGAAGGUGCCUGGGAGAUCGGUCCCUCUUGGGUUUGCUCAAAUCUCCACUGAAGAAGAGCUUCGGCCCAGUUUCAGAUGUUAUCAAAAUGUGACACAUUCUUAUGAACCAGCUUUUUUAAAGACCUGUCCGUUUUUACAUUUACAUGUAUCCUUUAUCAUGUAAACUAUUUUAGCAAAUUAAUAUUUUUCACAGAAGUCAGCCAGCUUUUGUAUGUCUCCUUCUUUGAAAGAGUUAAAGAGGCAGAAAAAGACCUAUGUGACUUAAUGAGUACGACGAUUUGAGCUUUGGCUUUUGCAUGUGAAUAUCUAAUACAUUGUUAGACUUUGAAUAAAACAGUCAUGCUCUCAUAUUUUUCUUUUCCAGAGGUGUAGAGAAUACAUUGGUCUUAACUGUUAGCAGACUUUUUACUUGAGUGAAGUAAGUGCGACUUGAUUUAGCAAUGUACAGGUAGAGCUAUGAAAUUGCCUAGCAUGGGCAUUGCCCUGCUUAAGCCUGAAGGACCAGCUGAGGGAAGCAUUUGAAUUGUCCAGAGGCCAAAAAACCACAAAAACCUUGCUAUCCUACCUCCUUGAAUCGCCUCCAGAGAGUGCAAAAAAGAGAAAACAGUCCUACCCCGAGGUGCAGUGUUUGUUCAUCCCUGUUAAAAUGUCUGGGCAGGUGGAAGUGUUUGCUUUUCUGUUCUGCCUUGGUUGUAGUGGAGCAGCCUAUCAAGGUAUUGUACAGAGAAUCCAGUGGCUGCUAUGUGUUUUAUGGAAAACAGUGACCCUUUGGCAGAUGGGAGGUUCCUUUGGAAAUGUUAAGUUUCUUUUCUCUUGAUUUCAGUCCUACAUGAAGCCUGUAGAGAAGGUUUAGAAAUGGGAGGAAGAAGAGGGAAAGGGGAAAGAAAGUCCUGGAUGAAUCUUAAAGGGAAGAAAGUCUUGCCCCGCUGUGUUAACAGCUGCCCUUCUGAAGUGGACAGAGCUAGAUGGUGUCAGAUGCUAUUGAGACGUCCAAUACAGUUGUGUUAACAGGUGGCAGUUGUUGUUUUGUAGGCCAGACCUGAUCCCAACAUAGUAGGUAAAUAAAUAAAAGCAUAGUUAAAAGACA